AUGACCACCAGUCCAGUCAAAUCAAUCGUGACUCAUGUGACCACCAGUCCAGUCAAAUCAAUCGUGACUCAUGUGACCACCAGUCCAGUCAUUCAAUUAAUCGUGACUCAUGUGACCACCAGUCCAGUCAAAUCAGUCGUGACUCAUGUGACCACCAGUCCAGUCAACUCGGUCGUGACUCAUGUGGUCACCAGUCCAGUUAAAUCGGUCAUGACUCACAUGACCACCAGUCCAGUCAAAUCGGUCGUGACUCAUGUGAACACCAGUCCAGUCAAAUCGAUCGUGACUCAUCUGACCACCAGUCCAGUCAAAUCAAUCCUGACUCACGUGACCACCAGUCCAGUCAAAUCAAUCGUGACUCAUGUGGCCACCAGUCCAGUCAUUCAAUUAAUCGUGACUAAUGUGACCACCAGUCCAGUCAAAUCAGUCGUGACUCAUGUGACCACCAGUCCAGCCAAAUCAAUCCUGACUCACAUGACCACCAGUCCAGUCAAAUCGGUCGUGACUCAUGUGACCACCAGUCCAGUCAAAUCGGUCGUGACUCAUGUGGUCACCAGUCCAGUUAAAUCGGUCGUGACUCACGUGACCACCAGUCCAGUUAAAUCAAUCGUGACUCAUGUGACCACCAGUCCAGUUAAAUCGGUCGUGACUCACGUGACCACCAGUCCAGUCAAAUCGGUCGUGACUCAUGUGACCACCAGUCCAGUCGAAUCAGUCAUGACUCACGUGGCCACCAGUCCAGGCAAAUCAGUCGUGACUCAUGUGACCACCAGUCCAGGCAAAUCGGUCGUGACUCAUGUGGCCACCAGUCCGGUUAAAUCGGUCGUGACUCAGGUGGUCACCAGUCCAGUCAAAUCGGUCGUGACUCACAUGGCCACAGGUCCAGUUAAAUCGGUCGUGACUCAUGUGACCACCAGUCCAGGCAAAUCGGUCGUGACUCAUGUGGCCACCAGUCCAGUCAAAUCGGUCGUGACUCGAGUGGCCACCAGUCCAGUUAAAUCAGUCGUGACUCAUGUGACCACCAGUCCAGUCAAAUCUCCAGUUAAAUCGGUCGUGACUCAUGUGGUCACCAGUCCAGUCAAAUCGGUCGUGACUCACGUGGCCACCAGUCCAGUUAAAUCAAUCGGGACUCAUGUGACCACCAGUCUAGUUAAAUCGGUCGUGACUCACGUGACCACCAGUCCAGUCAAAUUGGUCGUGACUCGCGUGGCCACCAGUCCAGUUAAAUCGGUCGUGACUCGCGUGGCCACCAGUCCAGUUAAAUCAAUCGUGACUCAUGUGACCACCAGUCCAGUUAAAUCGGUCGUGACUCAUGUGACCACCAGUCCAGUUAAAUCGGUCGUGACUCAUGUGACCACCAGUCCAGUCAAAUCGGUCGUGACUCAUGUGACCACCAGUCCAGUCAAAUCGGUCGUGACUCAUGUGACCACCAGUCCAGUCAAAUCGGUCGUGACUCACGUGGCCACCAGUCCAGGCAAAUCAGUCGUGACUCAUGUGACCACCAGUCCAGGCAAAUUGGUCGUGACUCAUGUGACCACCAGUCCAGUCAAAUCGGUCGUGACUCGCGUGGCCACCAGUCCGGUUAAAUCGGUCGUGACUCAGGUGGUCACCAGUCCAGUCAAAUCGGUCGUGACUCACGUGGCCACCAGUCAAGUUAAAUCGGUCGUGACUCAUGUGGUCACCAGUCCAGUCAAAUCGGUCGUGACUCACAUGGCCACAGGUCCAGUUAAAUCGGUCGUGACUCAUGUGACCACCAGUCCAGGCAAAUCAAUCGUGACUCAUGUGACCACCAGUCCAGUCAAAUCGGUCGUGACUCGCGUGGCCACCAGUCCGGUUAAAUCGGUCGUGACUCAUGUGGUCACCAGUCCAGUCAAAUGGGUCGUGACUCACGUGGCCACCAGUCCGGUUAAAUCGGUCGUGACUCAGGUGGUCACCAGUCCAGUCAAAUCGGUCGUGACUCGCGUGGCCACCAGUCCAGUUAAAUCGGUCGUGACUCACGUGGCCACCAGUCCAGUUAAAUCAAUCGUGACUCAUGUGACCACCAGUCUAGUUAAAUCGGUCGUGACUCACGUGACCACCAGUCCAGUCAAAUCGGUCGUGACUCGCGUGGCCACCAGUCCAGUUAAAUCGGUCGUGACUCACGUGACCACCAGCCCAGUCAAAUCGGUCGUGACUCGCGUGGCCACCAGUCCAGUUAAAUCGAUCGUGACUCAUGUGACCACCAGUCCGGGCAAAUCGGUCGUGACUCAUGUGACCACCAGUCUAGUUAAAUCGGUCGGGACUCACGUGACCACCAGUCCAGUCAAAUCGGACGUGACUCGCGUGGCCACCAGUCCAGUUAAAUCCAUCGUGACUCAUGUGGCCACCAGUCCAGUUAAAUCGGUCGUGACUCACGUGGCCACCAGUCCAGUUAAAUCGGUCGUGACUCAUUGA